AUGGAUGAUGAAGAAAAUGCUAAAUUAUCGUUCGACUUUUCUCAACCUGUGAAAACUUUGGGAAUGUUAUGGAGACGUGAUACCGAUAAUUUUACUUUUGACAUCACGUAUGAAAUUAAGGACAUGUUCACCAAACGAGAAGUCUUAUCUACUAUCUCUAAACUCUUUGAUCCCCUUGGACUAGUAGGUCCAGUUCUCACCAAGGCGAAGCUUAUAAUGCAAAGUCUAUGGACACUGAAGUUGAACUGGGAUGAGUCGUUGCCGAAGGAUGUGAUGCAAGAAUGGACUUCGUUUCUCGCUCAGCUCCGGCAAGUUGAUCAAAUUAGUGUAAAAAGACCAGUGAUUGCCGAUAACACCGAUGCGUUUGAAAUUCAUGCAUUUUCGGAUGCAUCUCAACGUGCAUAUGGAGCAGUAAUUUAUUUGCGUUGUGCUGAUACGUCUGGAAAUUUCACAACCAGACUUUUGUGCAGCAAAUCUAGAAUAUGCCCUUUAAAGAUGUUAACCAUUCCCAGACUUGAACUUUGUGGAGCUCUGCUGCUGGCGCGAUUGGUGAAUAAGAUUUCUCUUAUUCUGGAGUUGCCAAUAUCAAAAACUUUUUGCUGGACGGAUUCUAGUAUUGUCUUAUGGUGGAUCAACACUCCCGUGACAAAUCUCAAGACUUACGUCGCCAAUCGGGUGGCGGAGAUUGUGACCUUAACCGGUAAUUGCAGUUGGCGAAAGGAAGAAAGAAGUCAAUCUUUGGAUGACUUGCAAAGAGCUAGAGCCAUUCUUGUUAAUAAGGUGCAAGUAAGGCAUUUUGGGUCUGAACUUGCGGCCUUAAAGAAUGGAAAAGGUAUUUCAGGCUCAAGUAAAAUUUCGUCUCUAAAUCCCUUUGUGGAUUCAAAUGAUAAUUUACGAGUAGGAGGACGCCUUACUAAAGCUCAAAUAGAGUUUGAUGCCAAGCAUCAUGUCCACGGCCCAGUAACAUAUUGUUCGCAGCCCACUUGUGGGCCGCGGCCCAUGGGUUGGGAACCGCUGGUCAAGAGGUUCAGAUAUAAAGUCGGUGCCGCAGAACGAGUUGCCGCCGCCGCUCAGGAGGAGCACCUGCACGGAGACAAGUAG